UUGACGCGUUGUCAACAUCAUUCGACCUUCAUGCAUGGUGUUAAAUUUUUAGAAAGCAUUCAAUUAUUAAUAAGGCUAAUGUGCCAAUAAAGUGGAAAAAAUGAAUAAAAUUUAUUUAAUUCGCUUGUAAAUGAAACUUUCACAAAAAUGACAACAUUAAAUGUAAUAAUAAAAGCAGUGGAGAAUUUAAAAAAUUUUCAAGAACAAGAAUCAGCUGAUUUGGAUUUUGGUGCCAGAAAAAAGGAGAAAAUAUCAAAUUGCAUAACUGUUGCUGAUGGAGUUUGUGUAUCGACAAUUAAAGUUGUUCCAAAAUUCACUCAUGUUCUCAGUCUUGCAAUCGAAACACUUUUAUCAUAUUGCGAUGAUAAUGAUUCUGACGUUCAAACUGUGGCAGAUGAAUGUCUCAACAAAAUUAUUAGGGCGAUGGCUGAUACGCAUAUCGUAAAAGUACAAAUUGAAUUAUAUCAAGAAAUAAAAAGAAAUAGAUCAGCACGAAGUUUAAGGGCUGCAUUAUGGCGUUUUGGAUUACUCAGUCAUAUGAUUCGAGCAGCAAGGGGAAAAGCAUAUGUUUCAAAUUUAAUUCCUUGCAUUGUUAACAUUAUAAAACGAAAAGAGGAAUCUGUCAUUGAAACAUUGGCUCAGUCAUUGCCAUUAAUUUUGAAAUCCUUGGGACCAUUUAUGACCGACAAAGAUGUUAAGAUUUUGUUAAAAGCAUUUUUUCCCAAUGUUUCAUCAACUGAAUCCACAUUAAGAAGAUCCGCUGCCAAUAUGAUAGUAACAACUUGUUUGAAUUGUCGUAAACCACAAAAUUUUUUAAGUUACGUCAUGGAUAAUCUUAUAGAAACAGCGGUAAGAGUGAUUGAAACCGAUAAAGAAUGUAUGACAACAGUUCUUGGUAUUUUCAAUUGUUUUCAAUUAAUGUUACCACAUAUGAAUGAACCAUUGGAAACUGAAUCUGAAAAUGCGCAUAGAUUGGAAAAUUUUCUACAAAUUUAUGAAUUAUGUUUACAUUACACAAAAUGGCAUUCAAAUCAUAAUGUCAUUAAUUCCGCAUUGGAGACACUUAUUAAACUUUUUCAAUCGCCUCAAAAGGAUUUUGUGUCAAUUUUAUUAUCAUCCGAUGGCAUUGGACAUAGUCGAAUUUUUCUCACUGAAAAUACAGGAAGACUAUCAUUGGGACAUAUGAGUCUCUCCACCACAACAGUAUCGGGAGGAACAUCUGAUGUUCCUUUAAAUUUAUUAGAUUUAGAUUUAUCCGAAAUGUCAGAUAUUACGCCAAAAGUACAAAAAUGGAUUGCUGAAUCGGAAAAUUCAUUGCCCGUUGUUCAUAGAUCACCAAAACAAGUUCCCAAUGAUUGUCUUGAAACAUCAACGAAAAUAUUGGACGAUUAUAAUAAUUUGAAAAUUGGAACAAUUGGAAAUGACGAAUUGGAUGAUGGAAGUGAUUUUGGAAGUGAAAUUGAAAAAUCGGAGAAAAUUUAUGAUUCAAGUGUAUUGAGUCAGCAUUCGAGGGAAGAGGAAUUUUUGGACGAUACAAUGACAUCGAUUGAUUCACCGCAAAGAAGUUUGGUGAAUGUUUCACUUCCUGAAUUUGAUAUUGGUAGACUUACACAAGCUGAUGUGCCAUUGAAAUAUUGUUGUCGUUAUUUAAUAUCAACAUUUCUAUUGACAAAUAAAGUCGGUCAGUUAAUACCCGAUAAAGUAUUUCGUGUGAGCGUUAAAUCCCUUGCACUUACAUGCAUUGCACAUAUUUUAAGGAUAUAUCCAAGUUUAUUAUUUUCAACGGUUGCCAGAACACCGACGGAUGAAUAUCAACAAACAAUUGCCGAUAUUUUACUAUUUGCAAAACAUUCCGAUCCCCAAUUGAGAGGAAAUGUAUCAAUGAUUAUUGGCUUCUUUUUAAAAGCAAUAUUAUCCGAAAAUUGUGGCACAUUUCAAAAUACGGAAGUAACAAAUUUUGAAAUUAAUAACAAAAGGCCGGAUUUUUUGGCAGAGUUGAUCAAUUUAUUAUUGAAGGGACUGGAGGAUGAAUCGGCAGUAACAUGUCGACAGACUUUAAUUGCUCUGAAAAUUUGUUUGACUGAUCUUUUAGAAUCAGUGGAAAAUCAACGGGCAAUAGUGAUAUUAAAUUUGCUUCCGCAAAUUGUAAAUAAUCCCUAUUUUCUAGUUAGAGUAAAAUUAGCUGAAAUUUUAAGUGAACUGCCCUAUAUUACCAUAGAACACGCAACAAAUAGUACUCAAUUUCAAGAAAAUGUAAUUUCUGUUUUUACUCAAUUGCUAGGUGAUCAGGAUCAACGAGUUCGAUCGGCUGUUAGCACUGCUAUUACCAAAAUAAUUCCAUUAUUAUAUUAUCAACAACCACAAGAAGAUGCAGUGACGAGGAAAGCAUCACUGCACACAGAUCAGUAUUUAUCGACAGUAAUUUCCGAAUCUUUGGAAUUAUCAACAUGCUUCGUCGAGCAUAAACUCUUAAUGAAUAGCUUGAUCAAGCCUUUCGUAUCGCUAUGCGCGCCAAAAGAAAUGCAUUAUUCAGAAAAAAUCGAUGACACUCUAUCGCGAAUAGUGAAUUUUCUCAUCGAUCAACUCAAUCCAUUUCAAUCAAAACAUUUAACAUUUGGUAUUUUUGAAACUCUCAGUCUAUUAAGCGAGACAUAUUUCACAACAGUAUACUCAAGAGCUUGGGAUUGUAUUUUAUCAAAAAAUCCAUCAAAGAAGACACAUAAAAAAUCAUCAUCAUCAUCCUCAUCCUCUUCUUCUUCUUCUUCAGCAUUUUCAUCAAAUAAAUCGGAUCAUAAAGAAAUUAAUUUAUCCAAUGACAUGAUAAUAUCAAGUGGAAAUAGUUUAUUAUCACUAUCAAUAACAAUGUUAUCCUCAUUGCCAGUGAGUUUAGAUCUUGCACUUCAUAGAAAUAUAUUAUUACUCGCUGGUAAUUUAGCAUCAGGAAUGGCAGUAUCAAAUUUAAAACCCAUUGAUCCACUAAAUAAAAAUGAAACCGAUUCAUCAAAAUUAUGGGGAUUUUAUAAAGAUAAACAAAUGUAUCAACAUUUGGAAUUAUUGUUAAAUCAUGUAAUGAGACUUUUAAAUGUUUUUGUUCAUGUUAUCGAUGAUAUUCAAUUGUUGCAACCAAUUAGUAAAUCAGCACUUUCAUCAUUGCCAGGUGCACAAUCAUUGUCACCAAAAAAAAAACUCAUAAAUAUUGAUAAAUCAAAGGAGAAAAUUGACAAAUUUCCCAUAUUACGUUUAGGUAAAGAGCAAAUGGGUGUUUUUCACAAUAUCACACAUUAUAUGAAAUUAUAUGAAAUUCUGCGAACAGCACAUGGAAAUUAUAAUGUCACAUUAAUAUCCGAGGCUAGUGAAAUGUAUCUAUCAUUAUUAAAUGCAACAUUGCAGGUACUUUCACAACUUUUAGAAAUGGCAACACUCAUUGAAGCUGGUCGUAUUGCUGAGGAAAUUUUACAUUAUUUACAAACAACAAUGAUAUUAUCAUCGACAAAAUCAGUUCAAUGUGUACAACAAUUAUUAAAAUGUCUCUUUGGUACAAAUCUUUGUGCCCAAUGGAUUGAUUUAGAUAAAAAGAGAAAUAAUCAACAUUAUCGCGAUGAGGAUCGUGGUUUUUAUAAUCAAUGUUUUCAAAAACCAUCGCGACAACUUGCUGAAACAAUAAAAUUAAUUGGUAACAAUUGCCGAGGUGGUAAUGAACCAGAUACUGGUUUUAUUGGUCUAAUGCGUAGACGUAGUGAUCGUAAAAUUACAUCUGUAUUUAAAAAUUUAACAAAAUCAUUGGAUAAAAAAACAUCGGUUGCAUCAUAUAUUCGUUUAUUUGAACCAAUGGUUAUUAAAUCAUUGAAACAAUAUACAAUAACAAGUUCAAUACAAUUGCAAUGUCAAGUGUUAAUGCUUCUCAGUCAAUUGGUACAGCUUCAUAUAAACUAUUGUAUGUUGGAUUCGGAUCAAAUUUUCAUUGAUUUUGUUAUAAAACAAUUUGAAUUCAUUGAAGAGGGUCAAAUAAAGGAGACGGAAAUAUUGUUACCACGUAUUUUUGAAUUUUUGGUACGUCUCUCGUAUGAAAAAUAUCAUUCAAAAAAUAUUAUUGGUAUACCAAAAAUAAUUCAAUUGUGCGAUGGUUUAAUGGCAAGUGGACAAUUACCAUUGACACAUUGUAUACCAGCGCUUAUACCUGUUGUUGAGGAUAUAUUUCUCGCGCGUAAUUCAAGUACAAAUUUAACAGAACAGAAAGAAUUGGAAACAACAAGGGAAGUUUUAAUGUCAAUGCUAUUGAAAUUAGUUGAAUAUCGUGAAAUUAUUGAAUUGAUUAGUUUGUGUUUAAUUGAAUCUCGUUGUAAUAACGAUGGUAAUGGUGAGGAAAAAUGGAGACGUUGGUCAAGAUCAGUAAUGGAGACAUUGUUGCCAAUGUUGGCGUGUGGAAAAUUGAGAAUUGAAACAAAAGAAUCGCAUGCGGCAAUGGUGAAACUUUGUGCCGCUGUAUCGCCAACUGUAUUUCGUCCCGUUGAUCCAUUAUUAAAGGUAUUAUUGACAAAUCCACCAUUAUCUUGUGAUAAAUUAAUGAAAUUUGAACGAUGGCUUGGUAUGGUGAAUAUUAUUCUAUUGUGUUUAAUUUCCAAUGCCAAGGAGGAGGCAAUGUUGGCAAGAUUGUCGGAUUUAAGUCCAACGAUUAAUGAUUUAUCUGAUGUUGUUCUAUUGCCAGAGGCAAUGCAAAAAUCACGUGAUCCAUUAAAUGCACUUGGUACACAAUUAAUGGAAAUGCAACCCGAAAGAAUAUUGUCACGUUUUAUAUUUCGUGUUAUUAAAUUAAUUGGAGGGAAAUUGAGGGAUUUGAAAAUUUCCACAUUUAGAUGUAAUCAAAUGGUGAAUGAAUAUUUUGUUCAUCAAACGGCAUUAUUUUUGCAACUUUGUAUUCAUAUGUUUGAAUCGGGUAGUCAUUGUAAAGUUGCCAAUGCUACGAUGCAAAUGAUUGUGGGACGUAAUAUUUCAGAGGAUGAGAGAAUUUUUGUCAAUGAUUUAAAUAAAUUAAUGUUGGAUAUUGGUAAUUAUUGGCCAAUUUUGACAUGUCAGUGGGCUUAUUUAAUGACGCUAUUAAGUUAUAGUGAAAUGAAUUUUUGGUCUGAUGUUUUGGGAAUAAAAUCGAAGAGUUCGUUGAUGAUUAAUAGAAAUAUUGUUCAACGUGGUGGGACAAUAUUAUUUUGUGAUUAUGUUGGUGAAAAUUUAAAUGACGCUGAACCAUUAACAUGGCUAUUGGUGAAUCAUAUCGAGGAGACAAUUCAUUUGGCUAGUGAACCACCUGUUCGUGAACUUGUUGCAGUUGCAGUUCAUAGAAAUUCAUCAGCUAGUGGUUUACUAAUUCAGGCAAUAGCAACAAAAUGUUUAGAUCUUACGCGACCAUGUUUUGUUAAACGUUUAUUGAUGUGCAUUGAAGGUGCUCAUCAUUCACAAAGUGGUGCUGUGAUUAUUGCCCUUAUUCCACGUUUAUUGACAACAAAAUAUUUGGCACUCUCACGAAUUGCAGCCAAUAUAUUGAGUCGAAGAGUGGAAAUUUUAUUGACAUUAAAUUUAGACGAUGUUAUGGAACAAUUGCCUAAAAUUGAAUUUAUUAGAAUUAUGGAUAUUUUAAAAAAUGAAAAAUUAACAAAAAAAUAUAGUGGUCUUGUGAGUUUAUUAAAUAAACUUGGUGAUCAAUAUUAUGAUUUAUCACCAUUAUUAAUUGAUCAAUGUCGUACUUUAAAUCCAUUGAUUAUAAAAACAAUUGAAAUUGAUCGCAAUUGGUUUUUGUCACAGGUGAAAAUUCAUUGUUGUUAUUUAAAUAGCGGUUAUUGUGAAUCAGCGCAAUUAUUAAGUAAUCUCAACUAUGAGGAAUGUGUCAAUAUUUUUUCCACUAAGGAAUUUAAUAUUAAAAUUCUUAAGGAAUGUAUAAUAAUGGGUGUGAGAUUAACGGUGAAAUUAUGUCAGGAUAUGGAAUUUAAUGCUUUGGAGAAGAAUUUUGAUUUUAAAGAAAGUCCACUUUACUUGGCUAGUAAACAAUGUUUAUUGGAGAAUGUGAAAAAUCUAAAUGAUUUAAUUCCGAGACCUUAUUUUAUUUUUAAUCCACAAGAACAAGAUUCAAUGAAAUAUAUUGGUAAAUUUAAUGAAUUAAUGGAGGAUAAAUUUUAUCGACAUGUACUUUUUUCUGUUAUUCCAGGAAUAGUUAUUUAUCUUGAAACUUUAUCGAAAUUAGUGAAAUUUAAUUUAGCAUUUAUUGAUGAUAAAUAUGAGGAUGAUUUGUGUAAAUUUGCCACAUUAUGUUUGGAGACGUGUCAUUGGAUUAUUGAAAAUCAUGAAAGUGGAAAGAAAAAAUUGAAACCAUCGGAAAUUGUUAUGUGUUUAAAUUGUGCAAAGGAGAUAAUGAAAAAUUCCAAUUUGAGUAAAAUUAUGAAUAAAGAUGUACAUUGUCAGAGAAUUUGUUCAAUGACAAUAGCGUUGAUGAGAAUUGUUGAACAUUUUUAUAAAUCAAAAAAUAUGUUACCAAUUAUUGAUAAAUGUGGAUUGGAACCGGCUCUUGAUAAUGAGGAAACAAAAAAUUUUGCCCAAGCAUGUUUACGUAUGGCUACAUUGGUAGCUUGGUUGGAGAAAUGUAAAUUAAAAGACUGCUCGCAAAUCAUUCCUGAUUUUUUAUUGGAACCCAUUGAAAGUCUCAUUAUUAGUAUUAGUCGAUUAUCGUUAGUGAAUUCUUUUGUAUUAACGCCGCCGUUAGUUUGGAAAAAUGGAUGGCAAAUGACGGGAACUGGUUUAACAAAAUGUGAAUUUCCAUUAUUAUCAUCUGAAUCGGAUUUAUUUCAUGAAAUUGAUAUUCUUGAACAAUUUAUAUUUCGUGUGACACUAUUGGGUUGGUCAUCGCGAUUACAAUUCGAAGAAAUUUGGAUGGCAUUUUUGAGUGUUGUGAAUAUUUUACAAAAUGAUGAUAUUCCACAGGAGGAUUUAAUUGAAUUAUGUCAAGUGACAAGUUUAGCGGUACAAGGAAUCACGAGAUUAUUAAUGCAAACAUUAUUAUUACCAUGUCCGGGUAAUCCGGGUAAUAGCCGUCCCAUUCAUCAUUCACGUGAUCCACAAUUGGCACUUUAUAAAAUAAGUUCACAAAAAUUAUUUUUCGUACAGGAUUUACUUUGUUGGAAAUAUGAAUGUAUGAAUGAUUUUAAAAAUACUCGCUUUGGUCUUUCUUUGGAUAAUAUAUUUUGUCGUGGAAAUAUUGAACGUGUGACAAAUAUGGAUAAUUCCAUUGGUUACAGUCAAUUAUCGGUGGCUUAUUUAUGGUCAUUGUGCUAUUUGCAUGAGGAUAAAUUGAGUACAUCGGUUCUUUUAUUGAAAAAUCGUCGAAAUGAUGCAUUAGUUUCGUCCUCACUUGAUAUUGAUUCGUGUUUGAGAUUUCUAUUGGAAUUAUAUACAUCGUGGAUAAGUCCACAAGUGAAAAUUCCAUUACGUCUUCUCAAGGAAGUUGUUCAAUCGAUACUUGCAAUUUCGGAAUUAUUUGUUGAACGAGGGCAAUAUAAAUGGAUGUUGGAUUCAUGUUUUGAAUUGUUGAAGAAGCAUCCAAUUGAAGAUGAAAUAUUACAUCAAUAUCUAGUCAUCGCUGUCUGUAAGGCCGCUGCUGUUUUGACGCCUUUGGAUAUGGAAAUCUUAGAAAGGAUAAAGCGCUUAUUAGAUGGAAGUCUGAAGUCUGGAUUCUUACCUGCGAGAAUAUCAGCAUUGCAUGGAAUGUUAUAUCUCUUGCAAAGUGCUGUAUUGGCAAAUUGUGAGGAUACAAAGAGUAUUGUACAUCCAUUGGCAAUAGAAUAUAUUCAAAAACAUAUUGACGUUCAAGAAUCUGAAAGAGUUCCACUUCAAAGUGAAGCGCAUCAAGGAAUAAUGUGGGCCCUUGUCUUCUUUCUAUUGGAACACGCUGAUGAUACACCAGCGGAUUCAGAAGCACCAGCAGUCUUAGAACUUGUCCUCACUCUAGUCACAACUCAGAAUAUUUCAACCACACUUCAUCAAACCUUGCUAAAGGGCUUGGAAAGGUUGGUUGCAACAAGAAGUGUAGUUGGUAAAGUUACGGAGCAAAUUGUCAAAAUUGCUAUCGAUCGUUUGAAACAAAGUAAUGCACUAGUUGCCCUGCCAGCGUUGCAGUUACUGUUGACGUGCAUGUAUACAGAAGCGGCUGAUAGGUUUAAUCAGCCUGAUAUUGAAGAGCCUUUACCUGAUCAAGAGCCGGAAGCUUUAGUUAGAUCGAUUGAAAGAACAUCAGCAAUAUUUGAUAAGGUUAAAAAGGGAUAUCCUAUGGAAGUUGAAAUUCUUUGUACAGUACUUUCCGGCGUUUUAAGCGAUUUCUUCCCACCAUCGGAAAUCUUAACUAAAGUUAUAGGAGAGUUUCUAUCGCCACAACAACCACAUCAGAGAUUAAUGUCUGCUGUGGUAUUUAAGGUUUGCGAGAGAGCGUGUAAUAGCGCUCAAUUAAGUUUACUUCAAGACUGGGUAGUUUUCAGUUUACCGAAUUUUAUACAAAGUUUGCCAGUUGUAAUAUCGACUUGGUGUUUAUCCUGUUUUUUCAUUAGCACCUCAACAAAUCCAUGGCUGAGGGCUCUAUUUCCACACGUUCAAUCUAGGAUAGGCAAAUAUGAGUAUGAAGAUAAAAAACUUCUUUGCAUUGCUGCAUCAGAUUUCUAUUCCAAGUUAACUAGUGAAACUCAAAAGAAGACUUUUGUGGAAACAUUUGAGGCUGCAGCAAAGGAACCUGGAAAUCCGUUUGUUGAUAUUUUAGCAUCCCUAUGAAUCAUAUAUAAGAAUAAUAAUUUAUUCUACCUCCUGUAUAAAUUUGAUGAGAAAAAUGUAACUACUGAGUUUAUAAAUAUGGUGCUUCUAUUUCCAGUUAAGUAUUUCCGAGAGUGUAUAUUUAUAUGUAUUGUAUAUAUAAAAUUGAAGAAUUUAUGUAUAGAAAACUUUAUUGUCUAUAUAACUCUCUCUAAAAUUUGAAUUAGUAAAAAUUUUAACUAAAUAUCAGUAACUGAAUUUUUUUCUAUAUCUGAAUUAGUUGUAUUUUACAAAUGCGUUAGUGAAUAAUUUUUUUUUUAUAAUGAUUUUAACUAAUAUAUGUAUAUUAUAUUUAUAGUAAAAAUUCAGUUACUAAUUCAAAUUAGUUUUUAAAAUUUUUAUCAUAAUUCAGAAUUAGAGAGUAAAAAUGAAAGCAGAGAAUGUUUCUAAAUAAAUAUUUUUUCGGAGUGAUUCUA